AUGUUCUUGAAGUGUGAUCUAAGUGAUGAACAACGCGUGACAGAGGAGUUGUCAAGUUUAAUCAACAACUUGAAUUCUCAAGAAGAACAUGUCAGUAUUUUGAUUAACAAUGCUGGGAUAAGAGACAAUAAAGGGUUAAUUGACUUAGAUCCAGAACGAAUCAAAUCCAUGUUUAAUAUAAACACAUUGCUGCCAAUUUGGAUUUUACAAAAGGUUAUCACUAAUCAUAUUGACAUAGUAUUGCCAAAAAACCCACACUCCCAAUUGUUUAUUGUUACAGUGUCAUCCAUCUUGGGAACUUUUGCUCCGAAAAACUUGUCCAUAUACUCGGCAACAAAAGCUGCAUCAAUUCUGAUUCACGAAGCCUUGAUGCAAGAAUUAAAAGAUUACCAGGAAAGUAUCAGGUUAUUGUUGAUCACUACAGGGCAAUUAAGCACCACUAUGUUCAAAGAUGUGGAACCUUCAAGAUUAUUUUUUGCACCAAUUGUGGAUCAUACUAAAUUAGCAAGAUCAAUUGUUGAGAAGGUUGAACUUGGGUAUCUGGGUUGUAUUUCAGAACCAUUUUACGCUAAUUUUCUACCUGGUGUCAGAACAGUCCCCCAAUGUAUUCAAGACUUUUGUAGAUAUGUUUCAGAGAUAGACAAAAAAAUUAAAGACGACUAA